CCCCCCAACCCUGAGGCAGUCUAUCCUGCAAAGGGCCUGGGGUCAGCUGUACCCAACCAGUCAGUGGCUGACAUGGGAAUUUUCUUCACUCCUGUGGACACCCGGGUAAACAGCACAGAUGAAGAGCAGACACUGAAACACUGAAAUCUAGAGGCUAGGCUAAGGCCACACGUCCAGGGAGAGACAGAGAGAAGAGCAAACCACUCUCUCUCUUAAUAAGCAUUUACUGAGUCUCCUUCUAAGCUAGGCUCUCAGGUAAAUAACGCUGGGGACACAGCAGAGACCAACACAACCCCAGGCCUGGCCUCACCGGGUUUUCAGUCCAGUAGGGGUAGACAGACCACCUUCAGGCAGUGACAGCCCAGGGUGAUCAGGGCUGUGAUGGGUGAGCUCAGGGGUAUCUGGGCAACCUUGGGGAAAGCCCAGAGGCUGAAGGAGGCCAGAGGAGACACCUGGUGAUCAAGAGGGCUUCCCAGAGAAUUCCCAAGAAUAACCAAGUAAAUAUUGAGAAGAGCAUUCAAAGCCAAGGGCAUGUGCACAAACAGACUGGGGAAUGGGGAGACAAGGAUGGGUGGGGGCAGAUGAUGCAGUCUUAGGUGCCACACUGCAGGGCUUCAACUCUGUCCAAGUUCACUAGGGAGUCAGGAAGGUUUGAAAUAGGGAAGGGACAGAGUCAGGUAAGACUUUAGUUAAGAGUCCCCUGGCUGUCACAUGAUGGGUGGACUAGUGGAAAGAACCACCAGAAGACUGAGUGGAAGGGCCAUGGAGCUGAUAGCCAGAAUAUGAGGGAGACAUUCAGGGUGAGACCCAGGGCUCUGGGUGAGAGGGGACAGUGGGACCAACUCUUAAGAUGGGGAUCUGGCAGGAAAUGCAGUUUGGAGGAGAUACUGAAGCCAGUGUGGGGCCGGGUGGGUGUGAAGGUCCCAGGGAACAUCCAGGGAGAGGUGUCCAGCACACUGAGGAGCCUACGUGUGGGGCAAAGAAGAGAGCCCGGGGCAGAGACGAACAGGAAACUGCCCGUGGGGUUGACAUGAGAAGCAUGGGAAGACAGCGAAAAACAGGGAUGGUGAAAGGCUGGGCAUUCCAAACAACAAGGCAGUAACAUUAGGGAGCAGCCACAGCUCUGGGGUGGACAUUGCAGUCUUUUCUACCGGGUCGCCUCAGGGACAUAAGAGACGCUCCUGCGCGCAAGCGCAAAGAUGGCUGGCGAUCAUUGAUGCGCAUGCGCCUGGAAUUGCCGCCUAGACCUCCGGAACUUCAGCGUGGGGUCACGUGGCAGUCACAUGGUGAUCACUGUCGGAGCCCAACGAGAUCUAGUCCUUCAUGUCCUCCUGCCCUCAUGAGACCUGCUCACUGAUUCCUGGCCAGGAGCUGACGGAGUCCACAGAUGCCCUCACUGCGUUCUCGAUUCCCUGUGGAGCUGGGCUCUGUUCCGGAUCCAGAAAGCCAGGUGGGCCGUCUGCAUCGCCUGGCUGUGGCUGGGGGCCCAAGGUGGGGCCUCACCCGACUCCUGCGGAGAGUCGUCCAGGUAGACGGCGAGAACUCGGCGGGGCAGACGGCGCUCUACCUCUCGGCGCUGCUGGGUCACAGCUCGGCCGUGCAGCUCCUGCUGGCCUCUGGUGCCAACCCCAACCACCGCUGCCUGGAUGGCAGCACCCCUGUGCACGCGGGCGCCUUCUCGGGCCGUAGCCUGGUGCUCCUACACCUGCUGCAGGCAGGCGGCGACCUGCGUCUGCGUGACCAGCAGGGGCACAGCCCUCAGGACUGGGCAGAACAAGGUGGUGCCAAACAGAGCUGGGAGAUGCUGGAACUGUUACAGCUGUGCCGGGCCCACAUGUCAGCCCUGGUGCAUGGCAGUGAGUUGGCGCCCUCUGUCUCCCUGGGCCAGUGGCAGGCCAGCUCUGGACACAGCCUGUGUGGUGGUCUGCGUCUGGUGCAGGCGAACAGGGCAUGGAGGCCGGAGCAGACCAGGAGACCCCCCCAUGUCCCUGCCUUAGGGUUUGGCCAGCUGAGCAGCCUGUGGCCACUGGGCCUGGUAACAGGUGUACCCCUCGCGGACCCCAAGGAGCUGCUGCCAGCGCAGGGCGAGCCCGACCGCACCUACAGGAGCAGCUCCCACACCCUCAUGGCCAACCUCCUGUGGAGGGGCCACCCCGUGACCGUGCGGCAGCCGAAGGUGCCAGGAGCCCAGGCUGAUGUGCUGUUGGCUGACCUUCAACACUGCAGUGCCCUGCACCACCCCAGCCUGCUGCUGCUGAUGGCACUGAGCCCCUCGGAGGACCUAUCGGGGCUGUGCCUUCUCUUCGAACCCGUGUGGCUGGGCUCCCUGCAUGUGGUGCUACACCCCCAGGGCCCACGAGAAGGAGGACCCCCCCACCUCGUGCCAGGCCUGCUGCCGGGCCACCUGCUGCUGCAGGUGCUGGAGGCCCUGCUGUUCCUGCAGGCCCGCUGGCGUGCUCACGGCGGCCUCAGCUCCCAUGCUGUGCAGCUGGUGCGGCCAGGCCUGGCCAAGGUGGGCGGCCUGGAGCACGGGCGCCCACUGCACCAACGCUGGCUGCAGCCCAGGCCGCGGCAGGGUUACCCCUGGGGAGGCCCAGGCCCAGGGCUGCCCCCACCUCCCGAACUGUACCCAUGGCUGCCACUGGAGCUCAUCUGCGGUGACACGCCUGCGGCCACCUCAGACCUCUACAGCUUCUGCAUCUUGGCCCAGGAGGUCUUCACGGGAGAGCUGCCCUGGGCUGGAAGAAAAGGGCCUGAGGUGAAGGCUAAACUGGAGGCGGGUGAGAGCCCGGCCCUGGACCCCCUGGUGCCAGCCCCCUACCAGGCCCUGGUUCGGGCUGGGCUGGGCCUAGGGCCUGCUGACCGCUGCGGCAGCCUGCAGAGUACACGAUAUCUGCUGCGGGAGGCCAUGGCUCAGGUACAGGACAGGCGGGCAGGGGAGGGUGGCAGCCAUGGAACCUCAGGCAGGGCCUGUGUCCCACACCCAGCCUCCUCUCCACAGGACUCGGCCUCUGAGGUCAUGGGCCACAGCAGAGUCCAGAGGGGUGCCACCUGGGACUCGGGCAGCAGCUUGACUCUAGGCAGCAGCCCGAGUCCCCACCCUGGCCUCUGCCCAGGGCACAGCCCCACAGCCAGGGUCAGCCUGGACCACAGCCUGGAGCCCAGAUCAACAGGCCCUGCCCUGCACGCCAGCCUUCAGGACUCAGCCUCCCUGCUGGGGACUCAGAGCUCUGAGGAGCGGUUUGAGAGGAAGUUCUCAGCCAAGAUCCAAGCCCUGCGGGGGCUGCGGCGGCACACACACAGGGCUGCCCUGCUGGACCCCCAGCCCUGUGAGCCCAACCCCUGCCUGCUGACCCACAGGGAGGCUUCCCAUGCCCUGGAGGCUGCUGGCAGGGAAGGCCACGAGGGCAGGUACCCAGCCCUGAGCUGAUCAGAGGAAGUCGCUUCUCCAGCCUGCAGAAGAUGGAUCUGCUGGAGGAGAUCAUAGCAGAGCUGCAAGGUGGAUGCCAACUUGAAGACGGGCCCAGGCUCAAUCCCACUCCUGACACACAUUGUUAGGGCACCCGUGGUCCCCUCUGUGCAGAUGUCACCCCUCAGAGCCUCC